AAAAACAUCACAGGAGAGGAGAGUACUACACCCUACACUACUACUACAGUGAAAAAGCAGACAACCACGUUCUCAGUGAGAAAGCAACAAAUCGAGGCGUAUAAUAACCUGUUUUUGGGAUUCUGUAACGUUUGCGGCUUCUUCUUUCUCUCUUUUGCCCUUCUCCCUCCUUUGAUUCUCUAGAGAGAGACAGAACAGAAGGCAGUGUUAUAAUAAGCUGCAGCCUGGUGCCAAGCUUUGCUGAGCUGAAAGCCUGUAGUAACGUAAAGGGGGAGCAAAGGGUCAAAAUUUUGAGGGAAAAGUUUGCGUCUUUCGCUGCUCCGUUUAGAGGGUUCUUCUUAAUAUUUGUCGGGUUGUUGCCAUUGAAUUGAAUGGAAUAAAUGCUAAGUCUGCGGUGAAUUCGGCUUGAGAAUUUCUGGGUAUUUGUUGAAUUUUCAAAUAAAAACAUUUUUUGUUUCAAUGAUGAUGGUGGAUAGAACCUCUUCCUCUUCUCUGCGACAGCAUGGCAAUCCCUCAGGGAAGGAUGAUCUGUAUGAUGAUCUAUGGAAGCUCUGCGCGGGUCCAUUGGUGGAUGUUCCUAGACCUGAUGAAUGGGUUUACUAUUUUCCACAAGGUCACAUGGAACAAUUGGAGGCAUCGACAAAUCAAGCGAUGGAUCAGAGGAUAUCAAUGUUUCCUCUGCAGUCGAAGAUCCUUUGCCGUGUUUUAAACAUUCACCUUCUGGCUGAACGGGACACUGAUGAGGUUUAUGCCCAAAUUACUUUGAUGCCAGAAGAGCAAAUGAAGGCAACUAAUCCGAAUCCAUGCCCCCCUGAGCCUCCAAGCCCCAAAAUUCACUCGUUCUGCAAGGUUCUAACCGCAUCAGAUACAAGCCCUCAUGGCGGGUUUUCUGUUCUAAGGAGACACGCUACUGAAUGCCUUCCUCCCCUGGACAUGAAUGAAGACACUCCGAGUCAGGAUUUGGUAGCCAAGGAUCUUCAUGGUGUCAAAUGGCACUUUAAGCAUAUAUUUAGAGGGCGACCUAAAAGACAUUUGCUCACAACUGGAUGGAGUACCUUUGUCUCAUCAAAGAGAUUAGUUGCAGGAGAUUCUUUCCUGUUCUUGAGAGGAGAUAAUGGGGAACUUCGAGUUGGGGUUAGGCGUCUGGCUACGCAACAGAGCUCCAUGCCAUCAUCGGUUAUUUCUAGUCAAAGCAUGCAUCUAGGAGUGCUUGCAACAGCGUCUCACGCUGUUACAACUCAAACUCUGUUUGUUGUCUACUACAAGCCGAGAACAAGUCAGUUCAUAAUAGGCUUGGACAGAUACGAAGAAGCCAUUAAUCGUGGAUUUUCAGUAGGCAUGAGAUUCAAGAUGCGGUUUGAAGUAGAGGAUUCGCCUGAUAGAAGAUUUAUGGGAACCAUAGUUGGGGUUGAAGAUAUCUCCACACAGUGGAAAGACUCCGACUGGAGAUCAUUGAAGGUUCAAUGGGAUGAGCCCUCGCCUGUUGCUAAACCUGAAAGGGUUUCUCCGUGGGAGAUUGAGCCUCUCGUGCCUUCAAUCCCACCAAGUCUCGCUCAACCUGUGGCAAUGAAGAACAAAAGGCCUCGCCUACAUAGUAAACCUACUGUUUUGGAACCUUUGUCAAAAGCAUCAUCUGAUAUAACCCAACCGAAUGGUACACCUCAAGGACAAUCAGAUGUAAGUGUCACCCUCCUCAAUGGCAGCCCCAGCUGCUCUACAAGGAGUCACACCGAGACUGUCUGGCCUUCUAACGUUAAAACUUCUUUGAGUGUGUUUGCUGAUGAAACUGAAGAUAGUAAAACAGCUUCUGCUCGGUCUGUUUAUUCGAGCCAGGUGCCCCUACAGUUGGGUACUGCCUCGACUUGUAGAUUGUUUGGUAUUGACUUGAAAAGUACCUCGGUGGUCUUAGUCCCCGAGAUUCCAAGGAUAGCAUGCAGUGGUGAUUUGGAGCAAAAGUCCGACAAUUCUGUACAUUCCAAGGAUUUGAAGCAAGAACAACAAUCACUUGGCCGAGCAAAGGAGGGUAAAAACAAGCUCGGUUACUCCACUAGAAGUCGCAUCAAGGUUCAAAUGCAAGGGGUGGCAGUGGGUCGUGCAGUGGACUUGACAGCACUAAAGGGAUACGAUGAACUUAUAGAUGAACUCGAAGAGAUGUUUGAAAUACAGGGAGAGCUUCACCCGAGGAAGAAAUGGGAAAUUGUCUUUACAGAUGAUGAGGGGGACAUGAUGCUUAUGGGCGAUCACCCAUGGCUAGAAUUCUGUACUGUGGUCAGAAAGAUUCUUAUCUGUUCCAGUGCUGAUGUGAAGAAAAUGAGUUCUGGCAUAGAAGCUAUGUGAUCAGGGUGAACAUAGAUAAUGAAAAUACAACUUUUGAUGUCAGUUUCCUUAGGUUAUUCUCUUAUAGUCUUAUUUGCUCUCUCCCCCAUGGUAAAUAAAACACAUUUGGCGGGGAGUUUGCAGGCUUUGUAGAACAUUUUUCUUGUAGGGCUCGAGAAGGAGUUUCAUUGUAUGCCAUCAAGACCGAAAUUAAUGGGAAAAUCAGAGUAGUGAUCUUAUUAUUCUUGCUAGACGGCGGGGGGCUCAGUUUCCAGAACAACUAAGAAAUAGACAUCAUUUUAGUCACUGCAGAACUGAUUUAGUAUUAGUAACUAGUGCAGGGGAACCAGUGGAAUCUGUUGAUAUCUGAUGAGAAGUAAUUGUGUUUUCCUGUAUAUAUGUUUUGGGGUUUUGGUGGGUAUCUGUAACUGGAACUGGAAAUGUUUGGAAUGACAGUAGCCAAGAUUAUAUGCAUUUUUGCGAUUUCUUGUUU